CGCUGUGUUAGCAUUGUAGAGACUCGAGACGUGGAAUCUGUAGUGUUGUGUCCGACCAGCGCAAGGAAGCCACCAUAGCCAACCACCGUAUAGGUAAAGUAAAGCAAGCGAGUCCCCGUUAUAGAGGUGGUGGUGCCGAGGUGGUGGUGGUGGUGGUGGCGUAUGGGAUAUGAUUCCUUUUCAUUGCUGUCAACAUACAUGGCUGAAUAGAACAACACUCAGAAACAGCCAGACGGUCACAUUAAUAGGUUUUCCUGUCCAAUAACACAAAGGAGAAAAUGGGAGGGAAGCAAAGCAAGAAGCUUGUGUCCAACAGGCCGCCUCCCAGAGCGCCGAUGACCGGCCCGGCUCCCGUCAGGAUGAUGCCCAAGAGCAAGAAAAGGCUGAUUCCCCCUGACGGAGGCUGGGGGUGGAUGGUGGUGCUUGGUGCCUGCAUCAGUCUGUUUUUCUUCCCCUCGGUGACGGUCGCCUACGGAGUCAUGUUCAAGAGUCACCUAGAGGCGAUGGGUGCCGGUGCCACAGAGUUCACCAUAAUCGGCAAUGGCCUCAGCACCAUCUGGAGUUUUGCAGCGGUGUUCAUGGCGCCCCUGGCUGAGCUGUUCGGGGCUCGCUCUCUCACGGUGCUGGGCGGCCUAUUGGGCUUCCUUACUCUUAUCCUGGUCGCUUUUUCAACGAGCAUAAUUACUUUUACCGUCGUGUACUCCAUCCUCGGAGGAAUCUCGAGUUCCCUCUGCGCCUUCUUCGGAGUUGUCCUCAUACCCAAGUACUUUGACAAGCGGAAGGGAUUGGCUAACGGACUCGUGGUUUCUGUGUCUGCUUUUGGAAAAAUCGUGAUGGCUCCAUUGACUCGCCUGCUGCUAGAACAGUACGGAUACAGAUGGGCGUGUCUGAUGGUUGGCGCACUCUGCCUUCACACUUGCAUCUCUGGGAUGCUCUACCAGCCAGCAGAAUGGCAUUUGAUUCCAGAUCCAAAUGACUCAGAGGAAAAUGAACUGCAGUCGAGACCGCCAAGGGCAAACAACGUAGCAGAAUCUCGUAAGGCUGCAACAAGCGGAUGUACAGCAGCACAUGGAGCAGCCAGACGGGUCAAUGUUGAUGAGGAGGAAGAUGACAACAUUAUUUUCGUAAUGCCAACGACACCUCAAAUGCCCCAGCCAUGCAGCAGGGACGAUGAGGUGGUGCUGUUCUCCAGGAGUACGUCGGAGACACAUAGCAAAGGAGACAAAGUAGACUUAAAACUCAACAUCAUCAGGAUGGACUCCACGGCGUCCCUGUACGGCUCCCUCCCGAUGCUGACGCCUAUUGAGGAGAAAAAAAUUGACGAUGACGAUAAUGAGGAGGAUAACUCUUGCUGCUCAGAUUUCUUCUUGUUCAAGGUGUUCCGUCUGCUAGAUUAUGGGCUGUUGCAGGAGCCUUACUUCCACUUGAUCGCGUGGCCCAACGCUAUUGUCAUCGCUGCCUAUGUGAACCUCAUGUACGCCCUUCCCGGCUACGUACUUAGCCUCGGUUUCUCCUACUAUCAGAGUGCCUUUGCUAUCUCCGCCUUCAGUGUCAUGGAGGUAGUGUUCCGCCUGGGCAUCGCUCUCCUCUCCGACUUUUCUUGGUUCCCUAACGAACUGGUAUACACGUCUGGCUUCGUCCUCGCCACCGUCAGCGUCGGAUUUUUGACGAUGAUACCCAGCUAUGAGUGGAUCGUGGCGUGCGUGGCGGUGAAGGGUAUGGCUAUGAGCAUGAUCCAUGUCAACAGCAUCCACGUCAUUGUUAGGUACCUGGGAACAGACAGAUAUGCACAAGUUAUCGGUUUCUUUUCUCUCCUCAACGGUGUCAUGAUGGUGGCGAUCGGCACUACUGCAGAUUGUGAACAGCCUCAUGUCUUAAUGACCCAAGGAGGUCGCCUUGGAAACAAGUUGUGCCAGUACGCCAGCGUAUACCUCCUACGUUAUUUGUACGGCAUUAGGGUGUCCAUACCACAACGAAUGCACGAUUAUCUCAGUACAAUAUUCAAAAACAUAACGCUGCCUGCACAAAACACAUGCUUCACCAAUCAAACAGAAAAAGUGAAAUUUGUUACAGUGUACAUGGAGCUUUACACAGCCGCCUCCCAAGCCAGGGCCAAAGCCACAGACAACAACAUUAGGGAACCGCUACUCAACGCCUCCUACUAUGUCCGCAACAACCCAGGGCCACGAUCUCUUCUGAUGGCCCACAGAGAUCUAAUACGCUCUCUUCUCGUAUUUCGGGAAGAGAUUGUGAACCAGGCCAUAGAUAACAUCAACCAAGCCCUCAGCACAUUCAACGCUACUUACCACCGACGAAGCUUCUCUGUAGUCACUGUCCACGUUCGUCGGACAGACUACACAGGAUACAUUGGUAGAAAAUUUAACCUAAUGCAACUUGACGAGCUAUACUUCAAAAAAGCAUUCGAAUUCUACAAGGAAAGGUUGCCGCAACCCGUGUUUCUAGUGUUGAGUGACGACCGAGAGUGGUGCAGGCGAAAGCUGCAGGCCAAGGACGUGAUAGUCAUUGCCAAAGCAUCGCCGACCGUGGACAUGGCAGUAAUGAGCCUCGGGGACCACCACAUCACCAGCUAUGGCACCUACAGCUUCAGUGGCGCCUUGCUGGGUCACGGACACAUCACCCAUCCUAUCGGACACAACACCAAGUACAAUCUCGCUGACUGUGUGGACUCGGAUUUCUUUCAUCACAUUUCAAGAGACAAGACUUACAAAGUAGACAAUUCAGAGGUGGUGAUUUCAUAGAGACUUUAGCUGCGCCUGAAAACAUAACUAAUAGGAGUACGAACUAGGAAUGAGCUGGGGACUACAGAUGCAAAUUCAUGUCAGCGCUUGUAUAAGUGAGAGGGGGAGGGAAAGGGUGAGGGUUUGAUCGUUGGAGGAAAGAAACCUACAAGAGGAUGGAGGAGGAUGUGUCAUGAAGUUCAUCCUACGCUUAUGUACCCCGACUUGUAAUGUCUGGCAUUAUAGUAGUAGUAGGCUAGUAGCAGCAGCAACAGAGAGAGAGAGAGAGAGAGAGAGAGAGAGAGAGAGAGAGAGAGAGAGAGAGAGAGAGAGAAUUUUAAUUCAUUUUUCCUCCUCCUCCUCCUCCUCCUCCUCCUCCUUCUUCUCCUUUUUCUUAAUGGAUAGAAAUUAACUGUAUUGAAGAGGAUCACCAAAUAUUGAAUAAUAUUACUUCCAUUAAUUUCAAAAUCAUCUAUUGAUUGAUUGAUUGAUACAUUUAUUGUUGAAUUGAUAAAUAAAUACAACAAAGGAG